AUGGCCAAUGGCAUAGCUAAUGGACAUGUCCCAUCUACUGCCAACAACGCGCAGUAUUUUAUCGCCAAUGGUUCUUCUCAGCCGACAGCAAAUGGUUUCCCUCAGGGAGUGGUUUUCGUUGCGAACGGCGGCAGCCAAACUCUUGGAAGCUCUGGCAUUGCCAACCGACUCCCUCACGGGGCUCAACUUUAUCCUAGCCGACCUAUUCAGAACACGAGUGCUUACAGUGUCGAGCCGCCUGGCCUAAUCUCACCUCCACACGGCCACAAUUCGACUUCUCAACCUGGAAGCCAACACUCUGUUCAAUCGGAUUCUACUGGAGCUGCUCACCAGUUCUACACUCCUGUGCCGCCCUCUCAGGCCCCAAACAUGCCUGGUCUGCCUCAGAGUAUCUCCUUCCACGCUGGUUUGUCCCUGAUGAGUCCUGGAAACACUCCGCACCAUUUCAGCGGCGAACGCAUAGGUGAUUCACUGUCUACUCCCACCUCAGGCACCAACCAUCAUUUGACGGAACCUCGUAACUACGCGCCCCGAACAGCUGGUCAGCCAGUUGACAGUUUGCCUCCUCCUCGCUUCAAUCUGGACUUGCAGACAGUCCCCAGCGCUUGUUCCACUUCACCCCGGGACCCCUUUGGAAGUCCUGAGCGUGUUGAGCCGAGUGCCUUGAUCCCAUUUCCGAAUAUGCCCCCUCCUGCUAUCCAGCAAGCCAUGCUCACUGCUGCGAUGACAGUGCCAUUCGCCGGUAAUAAAUCUCAAAAGCUACACGAGCUGACGGGCACCUACUCUGGUCUCCCUACUUUUGAAACCGCCAUGAGCUCUGCAUUCUUCCCAUUCGCGAGCGGCCCUGGAUCGACCAAGGCAUCCACGGCAGGUGUUGUCCGUCUCAAGAAUAUACCAUUUUCUACCAAGCGUUCCGAAGUCGUUGCCUUCAUUGGUCGCAAUAGUCGAAUGUUGAGUGAUGGUGAGGAACCCAUCCACAUCAUCAUGGACCGAGCUACGUCCAAAACCAUGGACGCCUUUGUCGAAUUCAUGACGAUGGAGGAUGCCAUGCGCUGUGCCGAAAAGCAUCACCAGUACACCCAGACUGGUCGUAUCAGCCGUCUUGGUGAGCGUCCUGUUGAGGUUGAGUUGUCGAGUCAAGCUGCUCUGAUGCAGGAACUUUUCCCUCUUGCUCGUGGUGUAUUCUGGGACGGCGCCAACCCUCAGAUCCUUCCCACCAGCAACAAAGAGCCUUGGGCAAACUUCAAGGGUUUCAUCUUCCCGGAAGAGAUGGUUAUGCUUGUCAAACAUGUGGAAGUUCCUCAUCGGUCCCCCUUUUCCAAAGAGUGUCCUCAACGCCCAUAUGAGUGCCUCAUCAGCACCCUGCGCAAGUUUCCUUGGUACGCCCCGGAUCACAUUACUAUCGCUCAACGUGGUGCUAUGUACAAGGCUACAAUCAAGCUUCUUCGUUUGCUUGGCCGAUCAGUCUCGGGGCAGGAUGACCCAGUCAACCUCACCACCCAGCUCUUCCAGCGUGUUAUCCGAACUGCAAUGGAUUGCAAAGGCUUCACCAUCCUUCAGAAGGACAACAUUGCGUUCAUGGUCCAAAUGCCUCCCAUCGAGCAACAACGCCGUCAUGGCCAGCCGUUGAAUCCCACCUCUUGGGUCCACCAGUACGCCAUCGCGCGCAAGCCAGACAUUCCUCUUGAUGUCGUUGACUGGUACAUCCGCCUGAUUCGUGAGCAGACGACUCGCGAUGUCCUCAUUCGCCCUAUUCACGAGCGCACCUCGAUUCAAGAGACGCUCAAGGACACUGAUGACUACUGGGGCUACUUUUACCAUGAGGUCAACUAUGUCCAGGGACCUCAGUUUGAUGAAAUGUCUCUAGGGAGGUGCGCCUACCUUGAACUUUCUGCGAUCGAGCGGAUUCUCGGUCGUGCUCUUGGCUUUAACUGA